UUCACUCUUUCCCAAAGCUAAAACACUCAUAAAGCUAGACAAAAAUUUCAUUUUUCUUUUUAUUAUCAUGGCCUCAUUUUCUCCUCCCUUGAAAGAUGAGCUAGACAUUGUAAUACCCACAAUUAGAAACUUGGAUUUUUUAGAAAUGUGGAGGCCAUUUUUUCAACCAUAUCAUCUCAUUAUUGUUCAAGAUGGUGAUCCCUCAAAAACAAUUAUGGUCCCUGAUGGCUUUGAUUAUGAACUCUACAAUCGCAAUGAUAUAAACAGAAUCUUGGGUCCAAAGGCUUCUUGCAUUUCCUUCAAAGACUCUGCUUGUCGUUGCUUUGGUUAUAUGAUCUCCAAGAAGAAAUAUAUCUACACUAUUGACGAUGAUUGCUUUGUAGCAAAGGAUCCAAGUGGAAAAGAUAUCAACGCAUUGGAACAGCACAUAAAGAACCUUCUGUGCCCAUCAACUCCUUAUUUCUUCAACACACUGUACGAUCCAUUCAGAGAUGGAGCUGAUUUUGUGAGAGGAUACCCUUUUAGCCUUCGUGAGGGUGUCCCAACAGCAGUGUCUCAUGGCCUAUGGCUCAACAUCCCUGAUUAUGAUGCACCUACACAACUUGUCAAGCCUCUUGAGAGGAACACUAGGUAUGUUGACAUGGUGUUGACAAUCCCAAAGGGUACUCUGUUCCCAAUGUGUGGUAUGAAUCUUGCAUUUGAUCGUGACCUUAUUGGGCCUGCUAUGUACUUUGGACUCAUGGGAGAUGGCCAGCCCAUUGGACGUUAUGAUGAUAUGUGGGCUGGUUGGUGUUGCAAGGUAAUAUGUGAUCACUUGGGAUUAGGAAUCAAGACUGGAUUACCCUACAUCUAUCACAGCAAGGCUAGCAAUCCAUUUGUGAACUUAAAGAAAGAAUACAAUGGUAUUUUCUGGCAAGAAGACAUCAUUCCAUUUUUCCAGACAUUAACCCUCUCCAAGGAGUCUACUUCUGUCCAAAAAUGCUAUGUUGAACUUUCAAGGCUUGUCAAGGAAAAGCUUGGGAAAAUAGAUCCUUAUUUCCUUAAGCUUUCAGAUGCGAUGGUCACUUGGAUUGAAGCUUGGGACGAGCUCAACCCAGCUUCUAAAGAUUCUUCCAAAAUUCCCAAUGGCACUUCCAAAUGAAAAUGUCACUCACUAAUUGUGACAUUUUAGUUUCAAGUAUUAAUAGUCUUCGAUUUACUUAGUUUUGCAGUUGCAUUGUUUUAAUAUUUCCUCUUGGACUUCUAGGUUUAGUCAAAUUAAUAAGGGGAUGAUAUCAGUAGAUAUGAUCCUCCUCCAUUGUUUUUUAGUAGACUGCUAAGAGCCACAAUGUAGGGCUUGUAUACUGGUUUACCCUAGAUUUCUAGUUUUUUUUCUUGAACUUGUUAUGAGAAUGAGAUCUAGACUUCUAUUUU